GCUUUUACGCAGAGGCUCGUCUCACCUGCUGAAACGCACUUCACCAUUCAGCUCAACAGAGCCAUCUUUCCCUCUCAUCUUCAGUUAAUACCAUCCACGAGGUUAUCCUUUCAUUUUUUCUCUGUGCUUUUUGUUUUUUACUCUUGCUUUUAAACUGGGGGCAUCUUGUCGUUUUAUCUGCGCGUGGAUCGACUCCACAAGCGAACAAAAGCGCACCGAGUCUCUCCAGAGAACUCCAAAAAAUCACGGAUGUCUUUCUGUCUGUAAGUACUCAGGAUUCAUCGUCAUCUUUUGUAGUAAAUCUGUCGUGAAGAAUAACGAAAAAAAAAAACUACUAUACUUUUCUAACGAUGGAUACGCUUUUUCUCAGCCUGACGGAUAGAUUUUUAAUUUAGGGAAUUCCACUGCUGGACAUGAAUAAUGGCAACAUUUUGGAUAGCGCUGGUUUCCUGGGAUUAGAAAAGGCCCGCGUGGAUGCUUGACAGCAAAAGCAGCUCCACAUUGCAGCAGACAAAUAUUUACUUUUAUUCCCCAAAUUUGAACAAAAACUCACCGGUGCCCUGAGCCUGAAGCCGCAGAAGACGCGAUGGAGCACACCGGGAUCGAGGAGGUGAGCCAGACGCACCAGCAGCAGCACGAACCGAUCAGCUUCGGCAUCGAUCAGAUCCUGAACAGCUCAGAUCAGUCCACCGGCUGCAUGCUCCCCAACCGGACCGGCGACCCGGAUUACGCGCUGGCUUACACCAACGGCUACAACAGCGUCUACAACCCGGCUUGCUCCAUGGCGGCGGCGGCGGCCGGUCUGGCCGGCUCUUAUAACGUCAACAUGAACAUGAACGUCAGCAUGAACAUGAACGUUAACGUGAACUCGGGCGGCGCCGGAGGGGUGAUCCGGGUGCCGGCGCACAGACCCAUGCCGCCUCCUCCGCCGGCCCCCGCCGCGCCGCAUCCUCCGCCUUCGACGCAUCCGCCGGGAAUCGGGCCCGGCAUCCCGCCGGUGCCGGGAAUGGGGAUGGGAAAUGCGGCGAACUUCACCUUCCCCUGGAUGGAGAGCAGCAGGAGGUUCGCCAAAGACAGACUAACAGGGGAGCAGGCAGAGGAGAGCCGAGCAGGAGAGGCCAUGGGGGCGCCGGGGGCCACCGGAUCCCUCUGUCCUCUCCCCAAGGGAGACAUCGGCAGGGUCCCAGUCUGGAGCACUGUGGAGACAUUAGCCAAAUGCUAUUACCCCGAGCUCGCUCACCUGCGAGACGGAAAUGGCCUUCUUGCAGACUAUCCUUUCCCAAAGGGGGCUUGCCCAGCUGCUCUUUCGCCUUUCUCUGUGACCCGUCGUAUCGGCCAUCCUUACCAAAACCGAACGCCACCGAAGAGGAAAAAGCCUCGCACGUCCUUCAGCCGGGUGCAGAUCUGCGAACUGGAGAAACGUUUUCACCGGCAGAAAUACCUGGCAUCGGCUGAGCGAGCUACGCUGGCCAAGGCCCUGAAGAUGACAGAUGCACAAGUCAAGACCUGGUUCCAGAACAGACGAACAAAAUGGCGGAGACAGACUGCGGAGGAAAGAGAGGCCGAGAGACAGCAGGCUAACCGACUGAUGCUGCAGCUUCAGCAGGAAGCUUUCCAGAAGACGUUGAGCCAGCCUCUGCAGCCUGACCCGCUCUGCCUACACAACUCCUCCCUCUACGCACUGCAGAACCUGCAACCCUGGGCAGAAGACAGUAAGGUGACCUCCGUCACCUCCGUGGCAUCUGUAGUGUGAGCUUGUAUGAAUGUGUGGAAGAGAGAGAGAAAGAGAGGGUAGAGGGAGGGAUGAAACUGGGCUUUAUAUAUGUAAAUCAAAGUGUCAGUGUCAUCAGUAUAUAAGUGGACAACAGGAAUCUCUACAGUCUAUUUCUGAAGUGUCUGACGUUCAAAAACGCAGCACCUUUAUGGGAUUGUCAGAGAUUCAUAGGAAAAUGAUCCCUGCUUUGGGGGAAAAAAGAAAAAGAAUGGACGUGUGGUUCCUUAUUCAUUGAUCGACACCAGCAACAUGGUGUACCAAGACCAACUAAACACUGCAUGCGGACUUUACAACAUAGGAGCCGCAGUGACAGUUGCUGUUUGUCAGAAUUCAAAAGUACGCACCUCUACAAGUGUUAUCUAAACUGUGUUGAGUCAUUUUCCUGCCUUACACAAAGUUUCCGC